AUGGGGCAGCUAGGGCUGGGGGUGAAGAAAGAUGAAAUUAAAUUACCAGGCACGUGUUUUGCUAUGGACUGGGACAAAGAUGGGAACGCUCUCGCCAUCAUUGCUGAUAAAUCAAAUUCCAUCUACAUUUGGGAUCCAAACACAAGGAAGACCAGUCAGUUAGACAGCAGCAUGAGAUAUGGAAACGAAUGCACUCUAAUUAUGGAAGCCAUGAAGUACCACUUGUUGCCUGAAAGAAGACCCAUGUUACAGAGCCCUCGCACAAAGCCAAGAAAGUCCACAGUCGGUAUGCUGUUUGCUGUAGGUGGAAUGGAUGCCACCAAAGCUUUGAAUACUGUUGAGUGUUACAAUCCAAAAACUAAAACAUGGAGUGUUAUGCCACCAAUGUCUACGCACAGACAUGGCCUUGGAGUGGCGGUGUUAGAAGGACCCAUGUAUGCUGUAGGUGGCCAUGAUGGAUGGAGUUACCUGAACACGGUGGAAAGGUGGGACCCUCAAGCACGUCAGUGGAACUUUGUGGCCAGCAUGUCAACGCCUAGGAGCACGGUUGGCGUGGCAGUGCUUAGUGGAAAACUUUAUGCAGUGGGUGGUCGUGAUGGGAGUUCUUGUCUAAAGUCUGUAGAAUGCUUUGAUCCUCACACCAACAAAUGGACCCUUUGCUCCCAGAUGUCAAAGAGAAGAGGAGGAGUGGGAGUCACUACUUGGAAUGGGUUCUUGUAUGCAAUCGGAGGACACGAUGCACCAGCUUCCAACCUAACAUCUCGGCUUUCAGACUGUGUCGAAAGGUACGAUCCCAAAACAGACAUGUGGACUUCAGUGGCCUCCAUGAGUAUAAGUAGAGACGCAGUAGGGGUAUGUCUGCUGGGUGACAAACUUUACGCUGUUGGCGGAUAUGAUGGACAAAGCUAUCUCAAUAACGUGGAGGCGUAUGACCCUCAAACAAAUGAAUGGACGCAGGUUGCCCCAUUGUGCCUUGGAAGAGCCGGUGCCUGCGUAGUGACCGUGAAACUAUAAGACACGCAUAAGACGCACGUGUGUUAGACCACCACAUAUCCAAAGAGAUUCUCCUUCACCACUGCUUCUUAUUUACAAGUUUAUUGAAAAAACACAAUUUUUAUCUCAAUCUGCUCGGAUUUAAAUACAUUUUAUCUGUACUAAGUUAUAUUCAAUAAUUUAUAAUCAAGCAUAAAGAAUGUAUCAGCUUUAAACAAAGAUUCACCUUCCAAGAUCUAUUUUUAUCAUUCUUGGGAAAUAAUUGUUUAUGACCAAUAUUAAUGGAUCCAAUAUAUUUCGGAAUCACUGGGUAUUGGAUAAUGUGGAUAGUUUUUACUUCAUUAUAGGAAAAAACAAUAUGCUACCCUGCUCUGUUAGUUCGGCAGCAGUCAAAGCAAGUGCCAGCUGGUCUUUGAAGGACAUUGGUGAGUUCCGUAUGGGAUGCCAGAAUUGUCCAUGUGUCCUUGGCUGGUUAUAAACGUUCCAUUGGUGAAACACCUAUAUGGGCUGCAUCUGGUGAAAUAAUGGACACUGUCAUUGGGAUGAGAAACGUAUGGAAAAGUGAAGAUAAUGCAAGUGAGAGAACAAGAUAAAAAGAGCAAAGAAUGGAAACAAAUGAAGAUUAAUUGAUAGUUUGUUGAUGGCUAUAUUGUUAUAUUUUUUUGUAUCGAUCUGUUUGUUUCUAUUUUGUUUCUAUUUACUUUUUUAAAACCAAAGUCUUAUUUUUAAUACUUAUUUUUAC